UUAUUUACAUGCGUCGUUGUUUUUAUCAUCGUCUGAUCGCAAGUAACAAGUUGGCUAGGUUGUUAUAAUCAUUUCCUCACGAGAAAAUGUGUCUAUAUGUCUGCUGUCUGGAGCGGCUCGUGCUGUCGGGCUAGCUUAAAAGCCGGUGGCCGUACGUCACGUAAAUAAUUUCUCUUGUUAGCCGGUAAUGUAAGCCUAAAAUAGCCAUUUUGCUGAGCCACUUCAAUGCGUGUAUGAUGGAUGGAUCCAUCCAAGCAAGUAUGUAUUUCUGAACGACAAUGUAAAAUGACGCUCAAAAUAUCAAACAGGAUUCUUGGGUAACUUGAGUGACGCAAGCAAUCGGAGGUGGGCUGCGUGACGCCACGCAUUUGAAUCAACAGAACAGGUCACAAUGACCAAAACCAUGACGGCGCAGAUACUUUGGUCAGUGGGUGAUGGUGGGGUUGCGGCAAAGGAAUAAGGCCUCAUCACGCGGGCUUCUGAGCAAUUACCGAUUACUGUGCAAAAAGGCCAUGUUGUUACGUGCCAUGGAGUGUGUGAGCAAGAAACGCAGGCGGCAGGCGAAGAGGAAAAGGAUUGACAGCCACAGUGAUGAACUGGUCAAAGAGUCUAAAAGCAGUAGAGACGUUCAAAACAAAGAUUUGACCCUGAGGGACCCCUGGGAGGUGGACAGCGGCUUCUCUGAGGGCAGCCCUCCGACCAGCGGCAGGAGUUCUCCGUGCCCGAGCUCUUCCGCCUCUGCUGUUGUCGUGGUGGCGCUGGACUGUGAGAUGGUGGGCACUGGACCAGGAGCGCGCUGCAACGAGCUUGCCCGCUGCAGCAUCCUGGAUUACCACGGCAACAUCCUCUACGACAAGUACAUCCGGCCGUGUCAUCCCGUCACCGACUACAGGACGCGAUGGAGCGGCAUCCGGCCGCAUCACUUGCUAGGCGCCACGCCCUUCGAGCAGGCCAGAAAGGAGAUCUUUGACAUCCUUGAGGGCAAGGUGGUGGUGGGACACUCCGUCUGCAACGACUUCCGCGUGCUGCGCAUCCGUUUCCCGCGUCACAUGAUCCGCGACACGGGGGCCACGCGCCUCCUGGCACGCCUGGCCGGCUUUCCCCGCCGGCGCCGCGUGUCUCUGAAGAUACUGUCCGGCAAGCUCCUCAACAGACGCAUCCAGGCGGGGACGAGGGGCCACUGCUCGGUGGAGGACGCCCUGGCAGCAUUGGACCUCUACAAGCUGGUGGCGUGCGAGUGGGAGUGGGAGCUGCAGAGCCCGCUGACGGACCAGCACCCGGCAGCCAAAUACAUGCAGGACGAGUACUGGCCAGCUGAAGAGGACGACGACGACGAGGCAAAUGCUUCCUAAUUUAUUCUCGAGACGUUCCUCGGUUCCUUACGCCAGGGCGUCGCCCGUACGCUACUUCCAGAUGGCAAGUGCGCCGAUUGCACACAAAAGCCUUCCGUGUCACUUUAGCAAGCCGGAGCGACUGGGAAAACAGUUGAAAACGUGUCGGAUGAGGAUUUUUUAUGACACCCGGAAGUAUCGUGGCGAAGACGACAAAAGUGUUCCCGUCAUCACAAACAGGAAGUUGCCGUUAUCUUCCUGUUUGCGUUUGACUCGGCUGUGGUGCUGCUUCUCUUUGGCGAUUUGGUUACAAGUUGUUUGUACUAUUUAAAAAUAAAGCGUUGCUCUACAAAUUUUUGUUGUGAAUG